CUGAGAAAGACAGAAGCGGAAUGCUACAGCCUCCUCGGUGCUGGUGCUGCUGCUGCUGCUGAAGGGACUCGCUCCCUCCCUCCUUGAGUCCUUCCCUCCCUUUCUCCUCCUGCUCCUCCGCUCCGCUCCGUCCGCCGUCCAGCGCGUGCAGCCUCGGCUCUCCAUUCAUCUGCCCGCCACAUCCUCCACACUCCACGUCGCCGGGAUCUGUUCAUUGGAACCGGUUUGCAUGCAGCUCAAGCCAUCUGUAGGCCACGACACUCCCUGGUCCUCAGAUUUUCAUCCUUUUCAGUCAUACCUGGCUGCACAGGAGAAGCAAGAGCUACCAGGCAGAGUAAGAAGUACUUUGGCAUCCGGGGCCUGAGGAGUCCAAGUCUGUGAUACAGACCCUCCUGUUGGACUGCGGUUCUUCGGGGGCUUCGUAACCAUGGCUACCAAUCGGGAACGGCAGGUGGGCCACAUGACCAGCUUCCCACCAGCUGUCUACCCGUUUGCCUUCAACUCCAUGCGAAGCCAUUCACCCUUUGACCUGCUCGCCAACAGCAACCUCUUUGGGAGGUUCGGGGCAGACCUUCCCAAAGAGAUGGCAGCACUUUCGGUGGAGACUCAGAGCACCAGCUCAGAGGAGAUGGUGCCCAGUUCUCCCUCUCCGCCCCCGCCGCCGCGUGUCUACAAGCCCUGUUUUGUCUGCCAGGACAAAUCCUCGGGCUACCACUACGGGGUCAGCUCCUGCGAGGGCUGCAAGGGCUUCUUCCGGCGCAGUAUCCAGAAGAACAUGGUAUACACCUGUCACCGGGACAAGAACUGCCAGAUCAACAAGGUCACCCGCAACCGCUGCCAGUACUGCCGACUGCAGAAGUGCUUUGAGGUCGGAAUGUCCAAGGAAGCGGUGCGCAAUGAUCGAAACAAGAAGAAGAAGGAUGUGAAGGAGGAGGUGGUGCUCCCCGAGAGCUACGAGCUGAGCGGGGAGCUGGAGGAGCUGGUCAACAAAGUGAGCAGGGCCCACCAGGAGACCUUCCCCUCACUAUGCCAGCUUGGCAAAUAUACCACGAAUUCCAGCUCUGACCAUCGUGUUCAGCUAGACCUGGGCCUGUGGGACAAGUUUAGUGAGCUCUCCACGAAGUGCAUCAUUAAGAUCGUGGAGUUCGCCAAGCGGCUUCCGGGAUUCACCACACUCACCAUCGCUGACCAGAUCACCCUGCUCAAGUCAGCCUGUUUGGACAUUCUGAUGCUCAGGAUCUGCACCCGCUACACUCCCGAGCAGGACACCAUGACCUUCUCUGAUGGGCUCACCCUGAACCGUACUCAGAUGCACAACGCGGGUUUCGGACCGCUCACUGACCUGGUGUUCGCGUUCGCCGGCCAGCUGCUGCCCUUGGAGAUGGACGACACGGAAACGGGUCUCCUCAGUGCCAUCUGCCUCAUCUGUGGAGACCGCAUGGAUCUGGAGGAGCCCCAGCGCGUGGAUAAGCUGCAGGAACCGUUGCUGGAGGCACUUAAGAUCUACGCCCGUCGCCGGCGCCCCAACAAGCCGCAUAUGUUCCCACGCAUGCUGAUGAAGAUCACCGACCUCCGAGGCAUCAGCACCAAGGGGGCGGAGAGAGCCAUCACGCUGAAGAUGGAGAUCCCAGGUCCCAUGCCGCCUCUGAUCCGUGAGAUGCUGGAGAAUCCUGAGGCUUUUGAGGAGCAGCCAGAGCCUGGCAGGAGCCCCGCAUCGUCCGUUCCGUGCGGCGUCACCGUCAAGCAGGAGCGGGAGGACGAAGAUGACGGCGGGGCAGCCGAGAACGGCAGCGAACCCUCCCCGGAGGAGGAGGAUGACUAUGACGACGACGAUGAUGUCGGAGAUGAGGACAAGGAGAGGGGGGUCGACAGCGAUGGAGAGGCCUGGGCUGUGCCAGAGACCAAUGCGGAAUUGCCCAGAAGUGGGCAUGGGGGACGGGCACAGUGAAGAAGGCAACCCCCGCCCCCUCCCCAAACCCCUCGUCCUUCUGCACUGCCCAUCUCACGACAGAGCCAUCCUCCUGCGCCCAUCCACCCACUGCACAGCUAUUUCCCCAGACUACAGGGUGGAGGUGGACCAGGACAGACAGGUCCUACACCGCGGGAGGAAACGCAUACAAUCCCUAUUCAUGGACUUGACGAGAACUGAAAGCAUUGAAAAGGCAUGAGGAAAAAAUAACUCUUCAGACAGGAACAGUUCUAAAAAAUAUUGUACUUUAGAGGAAUGCCAAAACAAAGGAACACCAGCGCUGUGCACUGGACUCAUGCUGAAGGAGUGGCAUGAGGUCACAAGAGCCGCUUCUCGGUGCAGUUCUUCGAGGAGCCACCAGAGGCCGCUAAAGACUAGUCUAAAAACACACUUUAAAGUACAGUACAGCCGAACUAAACAUGACAUGGUAAUCAUUUGUUGUUCAUGGUUUUAACAUUUGUUCAAUUUACUUUAUUCUUUUCUUUGUUGAUAUAUGCAUUCGCUUAUAUAUAUCUAUAUAUCUUUAUUUUUGUCUUUAAUUGUCAUUUAAGGUUUUAUGUAUUCUUGCUAUAGCCAUGUAUCUGUACAACCAGAUUUUCAUCACUAAGUGAAAGAACUGACAAUACACAACUGGUAAACCUCAGCUGAAUCUCAUAUCCAGCCCCUUCGCACUUUGGCUUCAUGCAGACAAAAACGGUGAUAAUCAAAUCUGUCACUCAGUUUGGAUGUCAUGCAGAGGGAUGGUUGUAAAUAGGGUGCUGGUGUGACGCUCAUCGAUUACACGGCUAUGAAUUGCGGUUCCGGUUAGGCGAUGUUUUUUCCUUCCUUUGUUUUCGUGCCAAAAUGAACUCUUUGUGUUAUAACGUAGAGGGGCAGCACCAACCCCUACUACUGUCAGGGAUCCCAGUAAUUUGCAUCUGCUCCCACUCCCUCAGCUAUCCUUCAUCAGCAAUCUUAGAAAUGCAAACCUGUCCUUCAUGCAUCCCUCCGAUUCAUAGGUGUCCAGUAGUUACUGCUUCCUGUGUCGAGUAUGUUGAGACUCUCGUGUACAUUUAGCCAUAUGCGAAGCACUUCCGGGGCCCCGUUGGGAGGUACCGGACAGCACACACCUGGAGGACGAUGGUAUUUGGCCCCAGGGUCUGAGAUGGUGAUUCUGGUGCCUGUGCCCCUCAUCAGGGCAACCAGUUCCUACGGAUUUUUAAAGCACUCUCACGUACACACAGAGUGUCCUUAAUGCAAGUCAACAGUCUCGAUCCAACAAGAUGCCUACUGCUGGAGCAGGAUGACUCAGGGCUACUCAGUGAGGACCAAACCCAAGCUGCCCUAACACACCCACAUGUCUCAGCGUAGUAAUUGAUGGAGAAAAUGCAAUGUGAGCACUUAGUCCCCCGCAAGGCCUUCAUUUUUUCAUCCACCCUCAUCUCGAGACACUUUUAUUUAGCGGGAUCAAUGCGGGAUGCUGGGGGAUCUAGGAGAAGCUCAUUAGACUUCAGCUUCACCGAGUUCAGUUUUCUAGGGCACAUUUGUGAGUAGUAGUCAAGUCUUGUGUCUGACCACUUGGAAGAGCGGCAACUUAGUGCAUAGGACACUUUGACGUGGGCAGCACAGUGAGAAUGUGGGGAUUGGGCACGUUUCCCCUUGGCCACGCCUGAAACGGGUAUCCUUAUUUCUCUUUUCUUUUCGGGCUAACAGGAAAGGUGGACUCGCUAAUCUAGACAAAUAAAUCCUAAGCGUUUGAGUUCGUUUCGUUUCCUCCAUUGUUCAUUUCUGCUUUAACUCGUGACUUUUCCGGUUUUUGUGGUGAUUUUUAACCUCCGGGGGGUUGUUCCAGAAACUUAAUUCAAUAAAAUGCAAUAAAAUAGCUCUGCUUAAAGUUCAGUUACAUAAACAGGCCUGGAGCUUCGCCUGCUCCCACCGCAGCUCUUUUUCCUACUUUGGCUUUGCGUUCAAGUCCAGGGCUGUGGAAUAUCUAUCUUAUCUAGUCAAUUUUUCCGUCGGUCCCCACAUGUUGCGCAUUGGGUUCAUUCUUGCGGGCGCGUGUACCGCGGUAAGUCCGAAAGUGUCCGCGAUAAUAAGUGUGUAAAUAGACAUCAUUGCGGACACUUUUUCACUUGCCCUCACGAAGCCUUUUCUUAACCUCUCUAACUAUUACGUAAUCAUUUUGAAACAUACCUAGAUUGCAUUAAAGUAAGUUACCCGGUGCCGGUGUAAUAAAGGCACCUUCUACGUAUUCUUGGAUGUGGAGUUAUAAGCCUCACAUCGGCGCCUCUCAGAUGUGGCCCUGGGGAUCCACUGUGUAGCUUUUUAAUCCCGGAUUUCUCUGUUUGUAUAAAUCAGUGUUACAUUUUUAGGUGGAGCAAUUAGUAGGAAAUAUCCUAAUGCAUUCUGUGUUUUGCGUGAGGAAUAGGGGGUUUGUUUAAGCUAAGACUACUGUUCGGUUCAACUCAGAAGGCGUACCAUCGAGUCCAGUACGAACGCUGUCAGAUAAGCAACAGGAUGGGAGAAUGGGCAGAAGUACGGACACACUGGACCCAUGUCUGACCAGCGUACGGGGCAGAGACUUUGUGGUCUUACGUGACGGUAGAAGCAGGUCCUUCGUACAAUGUGGCACCACUGGCCUGCCUUUAAAGCACAUUUCAUCUUGAGCACAUUUGGACUGAUCUUGGAACCCCAGUGUCGCGGAAGUACUAACUGCGGCCGCACGUUAUCUGCUUUUGCACGGUCCGGACAAUCUCCGUGUCACGUGGUUGUCAGUAUUACGUUCUCAGGCUGCAGCCAACAGUGUUGGGGAAGCAGAGCAAAGCAGGACAGGGCAUCUCCAGGUAACUGUAGAGACACAAUCUUCUCUUGUGCUUGAAAAUCCAGCGGCAGCGAUCGGCCCCUCCCCGUUUCAGGGACGAAUACCUUGGCGGUCUGCGGUCAGGGGGCCUUAGGAACACAUGGCAAGUGACUUGCAGCACAGCCUUUCAGUUCCAGAACUCAGAACUCUUUGUAUGAGCGCUCUCACUGCAACAGCCUUCAAAACAAACUGAAUCCACGGGAAUUGUGCAGCGACAGUACUGUGUUGUAUAAAUAUGAGACGGGACCAGUGUUGGCGUAGAAGGAGGUUGGAGGGACAAUAUUACUCAAAUGCAAUAAUAUUUCGCUAAUGAAAAAAAGGCCACUUUUUCUUCAGGUUAAGCCAUUCAUGCAUGUAGCAUCACGGAGCACAGCUCAGGAGUCGAAGACUUUCAUUAUGCAAACGUUUGUUUGUGUGACUGACAGAGGUGGCAUGCCUAAGCAGGCUUGUAGGUGCAAAUCGUGGUGAUUUACCGGUUUCUGUCCAAGCGUGCGAUGCGGCAGUCGGGAUCCGUUCAGGAAUCGUCUCUCGGGCCUUGCGGCGUUAAUCGGCGGUGGCUGUGAGCUCGACACGUGCUGCGCAACCGCAGCGCGGAGGUGCCGUUCUCCACAGACGGACCUUGGGACCCUCUGGACCUUUGGUUCUUUUGUAUUCCUGUAUGGCUAUUAUGGAAAAGGCUUUAGGGACUUCCUGGGUUUUUUUUUUUUUUUUUUUUUAAUAAAGGGUUAGUAUUACAUUUUAAGAAUGUACCAGGCUUUUAUUUUUAGAUCUUUAUAUCCAUGAUGUUGUUAUUGAAACUAUUAAGAUUGUUGAGAUCAUGUCAGUUUUUUCCAUGUGAUCGGAGGCGUUUGACCUACAAAGGGAUCUCCACCCCUUGAGAGGACUUUUUUUUAAAACGCUUUGUGUUUUCACACUUUGUCUGUCUCACUGUGAAACACAUGGAAUCUGUGCAGAACUUCUCUGGCCCUAAAUCGACUCGCAGCCCCACUGUACCUCUGAAUAAAGUGCCUUUUCAGAUGACUGGUGGCAGCAGCAUCCCAGGUGAUGUGCGUUUGGUGGUCUCACCACACUCACAUUUUUACAGCACAGCCAGGCCAGCAGCCCCCGCUUUCACCGACGAUACAAAACUAGGCAGUGGGCAAAUCAGGAUGGGAGCAUUUUUAUUUGUGAAAAUGUGAAACUCUUUAAAAUGCUGCCAAAUUAUUAUUUUUUUUACCAGCUCCCACCUUUUCCUACUUUUACAUGCUGUCAAUUGUUUAACCACAAAAAUUCAUAUAUUUUCAUCUUGAGGCUUUUGCUUUCUGAUCAGAUUUCACAAAU